AUGUCCAGAGCUCAGGCAGAGAGCGUCAUCAAGAGGAUCAUCCGUGAAGUGGUGCAGCAGUGCGCACACAGAGGACAGCAGGUGUCCGACACUCUGGUGGCCUUCAUGGUGAAAGCUGUGGUGCUGGACCCAAGAAACGGCUUUAAUGAUGAUCGGACUCUGACCAAACAGGACAUCCAGCGACUGGAGGAGCUGUGUCUGGAUAAAUUGAUGGAGAAAUGCAGUCCGUCCCUCGACACCAUCAAAAUGCAAGUGUAUUUUGACAUGAAUUACACGUCCAGACGGGAGUUUCUGGAGGACAUCCACCAGCUGGUGGAGUCCAACCUGAGCCUAGUGAGCAGAGAGAUCACCGACAGCAGGGUGAAGACACGGGAGGAGUUAGACGCUUUGUACUGCAAGAUGGUUUCAUAUAUCCUGCUGCGUUCCGGCAUGGGCUCACCUACAGAUGCCAGCACUGUGCAAGAGGCUACAGCUGUCCUGCAGAGUGUCUUCCCUCAGACUGAACUGGGAUCCUUCAUGGUACUCUUGAAGAAAGACAAGGAGCAGCAGCUCCGUGAGCUCACCAUGAUUGUCACAGGGAUCCGUCUCUUCAACAGAGCCAACGACAAGAGACAAGAGAAGACUGACCUCUAUAAACUAGUCCCUGCAGCUAGUAGCGAGGUUCUUCGAGUCACCAGUACAGGCUUAGAGGAGGAGCUGCGUCUCUCACAGAGUCUGGCGCAGAAAUACACAGCUGUGCUGGAGAAGCUAACAGACCCUGACAGUCAGUGUGAAGAGUGUGACGUGCCCAUCCUCCGGCUCAAACAGGCUCUCUACAAUGUCAGGCAGCAUGAGGCCUUCCUCAGCGUGUUACUGGCUGAUGCACAUUUAUGUGCCAAACACUUUGAGAUUAUGCAGUCUGAGUUCUCAUCGCAGAUGAAGCUGCUCAAAGAAACCAUGCAUUCAAAGACAGCUGUACCCACUGCAAAAGCUUUUCCAGCGUUUAAGGCCGUGUCACAGCUUUGGAUUGGACUUCAGGACGAGGUGGAGCUGCUGAACAUCCUCAAUAACAUCAGGCUCAAUCUGCAGCCCUUCACUGCCUCUCAGGCCAAACUCUUCUCGGAAGCUUAUUUGGAUGGCCUGCUGGGGACAUCAGAGGUGAAGACAGAUGAACAGAGAAUGAUUGAGUCCUCAGAUGAGUGUAUUGUUCCAGCUGAGAUGAAGACACAGGAAUGGCUCCUGCCUGAAACAACAGCCAGUUUUAAUGAGAUCCCAUUACAAUAUGAUGGAGUGUGUGGCUAUACACUUGUGAACAGAGAUGGACUACUACUUCCAGGUAAUCCACAUGUUGGAGUCCUCAAACACAAAGAGAAGCUCUAUGUUUUCAGCUCCAAAGAAGCUGCCUUGAAAUUUGCCUCCAGUCCAGACACCUUCAUUGCAGAGGUGGCAGAGAAAGUCAAGUGCUCCCCUGAACUCAUUCAGCUCCUCAAACUCUACCAACAGUUCCCCAGCCUCAGUCCUUACUCUGAGAUGCAGCCAGGAGAGAGUUUACUGGUGAAGCCAAUCAAGUGUGAGAGCGGCACACAGACUGACCUCCACCCAGUGGAGACAAACGUCGUCAAAUCAUAUGAGUGGAAUGAGUGGGAGCUGCGUAGAAAAGCUAUCAGACAGACUGAUGUCUGCACCAAAGUAACACACUCAGUGCAGACUGAUCUGAGCCACAUGAGACGGGAAAACGUCACUCAGACCUGGCUGCCAAAGAACGUCACCUGUCAAAGCAAGAGAGACGGUGAGAGCAACGUACCCAAACCUCAGACCUUCCUGGCAGGUCUGAGGGGACAAAGACAUACAAAUGUGAUCAAAACCAACCUGACCAGAUCCGUUGAUGAAUGAUCAAGGUUACAUUCAGGGUUAUAAAAAAAACCGUUGUUGUGAAAAAUAAAAGUCAAUGUCAGCAUGUCA